AGUCGCAUAUGGAGGCAAAUUUGAAGGCAACUGUGACUCGGUGCUGCGGCCAGCAGGUUGGACGCGGCGCGGCUUUCCUGCUCACCUGAGCUCCUGGAGCCCGGGUCACCAUGCCUAUCCGUGCGCUGUGCACCAUAUGCUCCGACUUCUUCGACCACUCCCGCGACGUGGCCGCCAUCCACUGCGGCCACACUUUCCACCUUCAGUGCUUAAUUCAGUGGUUCGAGACAGCACCAAGUCGGACUUGCCCACAAUGCCGAAUCCAGGUUGGCAGGAAAACCAUCAUCAAUAAACUCUUCUUUGACCUUGCCCAGGAGGAGGAGACUGUCUUAGAUGCAGAAUACUUAAAGAAUGAACUGGAUAAUAUCAAAGCUCAACUUUCCCAAAAAGAGAAGGAGAAAAAAGACAGCCAAGCCAUCAUUGACACUCUGCGGGACACGUUGGAAGAGCGCAAUGCCACUGUGGAAUCUCUGCAGAAUGCCUUGGACAAAGCUGAAAUGCUGUGCUCCACCCUCAAGAAGCAGAUGAAGUAUUUAGAGCGGCAGCAGGAUGAGACCAAACAAGCAAGGGAGGAGGCCCGCCGACUCAGGGGCAAGAUGAAGACUAUGGAGCGGAUUGAGUUCCUGCUCCAGAGCCAGCGGCCUGAAGUGGAGGAGAUGAUCCGAGACGUGGGUGUCGGGCAGUCUUCGGUGGAGCAGCUGGCUGUGUACUGCGUGUCCCUCAAGAAAGAGUACGAGAACCUUAAAGAGGCCCGAAAGACUUCUGGGGAGCUAGCUGAUAAGCUAAGAAAGGACUUGUUUUCUUCCAGGAGCAAGUUGCAGACAGUCUGCUCUGAACUGGACCAGACCAAGUUAGAGCUGAAAUCCGCCCAGAAGGACUUACAGAGCGCUGACAAGGAAAUCUCGAGCCUGAAGAAAAAACUAGCAGUGCUGCAGGAAACCUUGAGCUUGCCACCAGUGGACAGCGAGACUGUCAACCGCCUGGUUUUAGAGAGUCCCGCCCCUGUGGAGAUGCAGAACCUGAAGCUUCGCCGACCAGCCUUCAGUGAUGAAAUUGACCUCAAUGCUACCUUUGAUGUGGACACCCCGCCAGCUCGACCAUCCGGCACCCAGCAUGACCACACCAAGAAGCUCUUACCAGAAAAGUCCUACUCUCCCAUUCAGGGUGUUCCCAAGAAGAUGCCCAAAGACUCCAAGCAGGAGUCUCAGCUCUCACUGGGUGGCCAGCGCUGUAUGGGAGAGCCCGAUGAGGAGCUGGCUGGUGCCUUCCCUGUCUUCAUCCGGAAUGCUAUCUUGGGUCACAAGCAGCCCAAGAGGACCAGGGUCGAGCCGUGUCACAGCACAAAUGCGGUGAGGACAGGCUUCGAUGGACUUGGCGGCCGGACAAAAUUCAUCCAGCCUAGUAACACAACUAUAAUCCGUCCACUGCCUGUUAAGACCAAGGCCAAGGCUAAGCAGAAAGCGAGACCCAAGACAGUGCCCCCCUCGUCCCAGGCCAAACUGGACACUUUCCUGUGGUAGUAACUGUGAGUCUGGUCAGUGACCAGAUACAUGCCUUCAAAGUGGAUGAUUAGGAGGGGCUCAGUGAGGAGUGUAGGGGCAUGACCCCCCCCUUCAGGACCAGCCGCAAGGGCGAGGAAGAUGAGGAUGGAGGUGAAGAUAGGCUUUUCUCGCACUUAAUCGGCCCCAGCCUGUGGGAACUGAUGUGACCAGCUCCCUGCUCCUGCCAGCAGGUCAGGUUCUUAUUCUGGACUCUUAUUUAUAGCCACGAUCGGGUGUGGUUGGGUGCCUUCUGGUCCUCCAGGCCAGGGUCUUUGUUGACUGUGUGAACCAAAAUGUUAGACUUCUCAGUGACGUCCGCUUGCCCAAACAGCGGCCUCCUCCUGACUCCUUGCGGCCUGGACUGAGCAGGGGGGUGGAGGUCAGUGGGGGACAAGAGGAUCUGUGGAAGGUUUCUCUGUAAAAUAAAGAUAAAAAUCUCUUCUUUCUGA